AAAAGGCUUAACCAAAGCAAACCCCCUCGCCCCCAAGCAAACCCCGAUACCUUCGCCUUUUCCGCCCGCGCCGCGUCGCCCGUCUCCGUCGAUGGCGAUGGAGAUUCCGGCGGAGGUGCGCCGCUACUGGCUGCCGAUCCUCCUCUUCACCGCUGGUUUCCUCUUCCAGCUUCUCGUCCUGCCCCGCCACUUUCCGCCCACCCACUACGACGUGCUGGGAAUCGAGAGGUUUGCGCCGGUGGAGCGGGUGGUCGAGGCCUACGAGCGGCUAUCCAAGGAGUGGUUAUCUGAAACGAAUCACCAACCAACUGUUGAUAUUAUAAAGAUCCGUUAUGCAUACGAGCUGUUGAAAAAUCCAAUUUUAAAGAGGGAUUAUGAUCAGUAUGGACUGGAUGAGCAUAUGGAUGUCCUUGAGAGAGUCAAAGAGCAGUAUCAAAAGGAGCACUUUCUGAAAAUAGAUCUCCCAUUGUUAAAAGACUCUGUAGUUAGUUUGACUGAUGAUGCCUUCAAUGUACUCACACAUGAGUCAUUCAUGUCUGCUAUUGCUGAAGAAUACCCAUUAAUUAUACUGGUAUAUUCAAAGGGUAGUCCUCGGUGUGCUCAAUUUAUUGAGUACUGGAAGCAAAUUAGUGCUCGAUUGGAUGGUAUCGCCAAAACUGCUAUGGUAGAAGUUGGUGAUUCACACCUGGCUGGUCAUUUUGCCAAAAAGGGGUUCUCCAAACAGCCAUUUUUCCGUAAUGGUGUACCAGCAAUUGUUGCAUACCCUGCUAACUGCAGAAGUCCAUCCUGUUACAUGAGGUACCUAGGUGGGCUCUUUGUGGAUUCUGUUGUUGACUGGGUUGCAACAUCAGUUGUAGGGUUACCUCGGAUCUUGUACUAUUCAAAGGAGGCAUUGGGGCCCCAAUUCAUUGGGAAGAGCGGCCAUCAUAAGGUUAAAGUUAUCUUUUUCUCAAGUACUGGAGAACGUGCUGCUCCAUUCCUUCGACAAGCUGCCCAAGAGUAUUCGAGCUAUGCAUCAUUUGCAUUUGUCCUAUGGAGAGAAGAUGAGUCCCAGAUUUGGUGGAACUCGUUAGGGGUGGAAUCGGCUCCUGCACUUGUUUUCUUGAAGGGACCAGGCACAAAGCCUGUUGUACACCAUGGAACUUUUAGCAAGUCAGAGUUCACAGAGAUGAUGGAGGAGCACAAACACCAUGAGCUGCGGCAGCUAAGAAGUGACACAUCUUUGGAACUGGGUUGUGAUGCUAGAGGCCAUUCACGUGCUGGCAAUGAUGCAGCAAUUUGGUAUUGUGUAAUUGUCGCUGGUCGUCCUGGUGUAGAAUUAAGUAAAAAAAGACAAAUUUUGCGUAAGGCCCAAGACCAACUGAUAGGUGAUGUUGACAGAAGUGCUAUUGGGAAUGUGGCUAAUUCAGUAGAGAUAUCAAGUGCUGCUACUGCCUUGGAAGAUGAACGGUUGACCUUUGUUUGGUUAGAUGGAGAAGUGCAGAAGCAAAUUUGUGCCUUCUACCUUGCCACUGAUUAUAGUGGAGCCUGUGGUCCUAGAGGCUUUGAAGAUGACAAUGAUAAACCUGAAAUUUUCAUUGUUCGAUUCCAAAGAAAUGCAACAUAUGAGGCACUGAAAGCUGAAAAAAAGAACAAUCUUAUGGAGGCUCUCCAGGGACAGCAGACUGAUGCCUCCCAGCUAGUGGCAAGGUACAAGGGACCAGAUGAAAUUCAAGAGAUAAACAGGUGGAUCUCUCAGAUUAUCAAAGAUGGAGAUUCUAGAGAAAUUCCUUACUUUACUUCAAAGGUGCCGGAUCUUGUACCUGAGGAAACAAGCAAGGAAUGGCUAAGGAGUACCAAAAGUAUCCGCUCUGCAGGGAAAAGUCUAAAAGAGAACAUUGGCUUCAAUUUCCAAGAUUACCUAACUGACCCAAGGAUUGGUUCAACUUUGCUUAUGUGCGGAUGUAUUUCUUUUGGAAUAAUAUGGCUCAGGAACAACAAACCAACUCAUAGUACUCAACAGGAAAAAGCUCCGAAAGACAAGACCAAGAGGCCUCGUCCAAAGCUUAGCACGUCGCUCUUUGGUCAGCCUGAAUCUAUCGCAGACGUUGAACCAAAAGAUGCCCGUCAGUGGGAGAUGUCAGACUCAGAUUCAGACUAAUGACUUGAUCCUUACAUUCGGACUCGUUCUACUGCAAGAACGUGUCGAGCUUUACUAAACUCUGUAUAGUUGCAUGGUAGGCGCUAGCCCUAGUUUAGGCUAAUGCCGGCAGAGAUAACCAAUAUGGUGAAAACAGUUUAACCAAUAUGGUGAAAACAGUUGGAUCACUGAAGUACUCAGUUGCCAUCUUCCUGAAUCCUGAUGCUUCAGCUGCCGUGUGACUUCAGGGACACAUUUUUGUUGUGACGUGUCUAUAUUGUUUCGUCUGACCUGCUUGUAAACUGACAAGCCUGGUAUUGGUCACACGAGUAGGAUAUUAAUCUAUGAUCUCAGUAU